AUGUCAUUUAAUGUGAACUGGAACUCGCUAGAGACAGAGUCAUUAAGUUCAUGGACGAAAGAGUUAUUGACGGAUGCAUUGAAUUCGGGGAAGAGACCGAACAUCCUUGCGUCGGGCAUUCAGAUUAAAGAUUUAAAUUUUGGAAAGGUGGGGCCCAGUUUUGAGAUUUUGGAGAUUGGAGAAUUGGAUAAAGACAGGUUUAGGGGGAUUUUUAAGAUAAACUACGAAGGUGAUUUCCAUUUGACGUUGCAUACGAAGGUUCAGGCCAACCCACUCAAGAUAUACAGCUCGAACUCAUUGGACAGAGAGGUGAAUCAGUUUGAUGAAAUGAACAAUUUCGUGACGCCGGAUUUUCUUCUCUGUAACGAUCCAUUUGCAUUACCGUUAGAUUUGAAACUCAGCGACAUCAAGAUAUCGGGGAUUGGGAUAAUUGUGUUUAGUCAGACCAAGGGACUAACUCUUGUGUUCAGAAAUGAUCCGUUGGAUUCGAUCAAAGUAUCAUCAACUUUCGACACCGUGCAGGUGUUGGCAAAUUUUUUGCAAAGCCAGAUUGAAGACCAGAUCGGAGAUCUAUUUAGGGAAACAUUGCCAACGUUGAUCCAUGAAUUGUCAUUGAAGUAUACUUCGUUGAACGAAUCCAAUUUCAGUGACUUGCAAUCUAAAUUGAAGAGCAAGAUGAACAAUCUCGAUACAGAAGACUUAGAGAAAAUAUCCAUUAACGAUGUCAAUUCGGAAUUCAAUUAUUCCAGCACCAACUUACGAAAGAACAUGAACCUUUUCAAUUCAAGAGAAACCUUAAACUUGAGUAUUCCAAAGUUAAAGAAUAUUGUACAAAGAUCACACUUGGAAAAGUUUAACAAGCAUUUGCCAAACUUGGUCAGCACUUUGAAUUUAAAUCUUAAUUUGCCCGAUGUUAACGUCAACAACAACAUCGCUCCCUCUCAAAAUAAUAACUGCAUUCCAAUCGAUUUGCUAAUCAAUAAUAAUAACAACCUCGAAAAUAUUUUGACCGAAAUCUCCAGCAUUCAAACCAGCAGCUAUUAUAAUAAAUUGAAUAGUAAUAACAAUGGGUCAAAGCCUAACAGGAGGGUCAUCAAACUAGGUGGAAAGAAAUCUAAGAAGGCAAGCAGUGCUAAUCCUUUGGACCAAACCCCAGAAUACAGCGAAGUGUCUACUUUGAUAGAUGAUUCAAUGGAACAUUCCACGAUCGAACAUUCUACUUUUGAAAGUCCCGUCUCGUUAGAACAUGCGAAUUUGAUUGAUUUAAAGCAACCCAAACCAAUGAGAUGUACAAGGGAUAUCAGUAUCGACACUUCAAAGCCUAUUCUCUCGCAUUCACAUUUCCACGCCAACGGCAACUCAAAUACGAACUCUCCUCACCACCCUAACUCUUCCUUGUUACGUGGUGUAGGAUUGGGUAAUAACUACUUCAACUUUACCAGCAACCAACAGAUCUCCACCUCCCAUAUCGAAAACGACGAAGACAGAUUAAUGAAUAAAAAAUCUAACAAUUACAUUGAUAUCAAGUCUAUCAAUAACAAAUCCGUUGAUUCGAAGAACAUCGACCAAUGGAAGAAGUUGGAUUUUGAUAAAGCUAGCCUUAGACAAAAUUGCAGCUCGCCGCAGCAUAAUGUUUUCGAGGUACCACCACCACCACCAUAUCAAUAUUAG